AUGGCAACCGCGCCGACCCCGGGACCCGCCACAGCCGCCGCCGCCGCCCACAAUCACCAAAACUUCUGUUCCACUCUGGGUACUCCAUCCCUGCAGGCCUGGGAGGACAUAGCCAGGUGUGUCCAGCAUUUGAGACUUCUACUGGGGGUAGGGGUAAGAAAGAAGAGGGAGCUAGAGCCGGAGGUGGAGGGGCAGCAGCUGGAACUGGAGCCGGAGGAGGAGGGGCAGCAGCUGGAACUGGAGCCGGAGGAGGAGGGGCAGCAGCUGGAACUGGAGCCGGAGGUGGAGGGGCAGCAGCUGGAACUGGAGCCGGAGGUGGAGGGGCCGCAGCUGGAACUGGAGCCGGAGGUGGAGGGGCCGCAGCUGGAACUGGAGUCGGAGGUGGAGGGGCAGCAGCUGGAACUGGAGCCGGAGGAGGAGGGGCAGCAGCUGGAACUGGAGCCGGAGGUGGAGGGGCCGCAGCUGGAACUGGAGUCGGAGGUGGAGGGGCAGCAGCUGGAACUGGAGCCGGAGGAGGAGGGGCAGCAGCUGGAACUGGAGCCGGAGGAGGAGGGGCAGCAGCUGGAACUGGAGCCGGAGGUAAUGGUAGAGGGGCAGCAGCUGGAGAUGGAGGGGCAGGAGCUUUCUUUUUGGGAACUUUUUGAGAACUCGGGAUCUUCUGUUUUGCCAGAGAGUGAUUUAAAGACUCAAAAGUAUGGAUCUUAUCUUCCAGUUUCUUAAUGGUAUCCCUAUGAUGUCGAUUCUGAGCUUCUGUGUGCCAAUAAAAGAAAGCUUUCCACUCACCUUGCCUGACUUUAGAGCCUUGACCUUCCAGGACCUUCUUUAGGUGGAUUAUUUUACCCAAGUCAAAUGAUCCUUCUAGUGGAAACCACCGAGAGCCAUCAUAAGGCUUAUCAGCUUGCGUAAGCCUAUUCCAGCGAAGCAGAAAUUUGCAGCACUUUGGCUGGUAAUGGACAUACAUAUAUGAUGCUGGCGUUCCUACCUCUGGAAAAGCUUGUUUUCUACCUUUAGAAGUGUUGUUCCCCAUUCCGGCAGCUCUUCCAAC